AUGAGUGUGCCUAGUCCUAAAUCACCGUUGUCUGUCAGCUCAUCGCAGGCCCUAGACCACAAUGCUCCUCUGAACCCACCAAUGACACCCAACACCAUGCUGAUCAACCUGCUAAACAGAGUACCGACCCCUCUACUUACAAACCACCAGGACCUGCUCUCGGUUCCCACUUCCCAAGAAAAUAAUAUCCAACACAAUGAAAAUGAAGCUUGCCUGGGGAACUUUGAAAUGAUUGAUGAGAAAAGAAGCGAUGGCAUGUUCCCAGGGAAAAGAAUAAAUUAUUCA